GCUGGAUCAGUUUACGGCAACAUGGCAGCCUGCUGGCUUGAGCUGGCAGUCCGUCGGUUCUGAUGGUCAGAAUCUGAGCAUUUAUAAUGGAAACGAUGACGGACAGGUCGGUACCGGAGGGCUGGUGAAGAUGAUGAUGUUGUGUUUACGGAGGACUUCCGCUCCGUUGUGCCGCAACGCAGCAAACGUCCGCGGCCCGGUGCCCGCGACGCGUGCGGGCGUGUGUUGGUUCGAGUCUGCGUCAUGGCGGCGGUGCAGACACGCACCUAUUACUGACUGCGCGAGGUUGAAACAGUCCCUGGUUAGCGGCUCGCGGUUCUUCACUCUCAAGGGGACUGACAACCGCGUCGCGUGCUGCACCGGGAUCCUCCAGCAGGUAAAAGGGACACCUUGGCACGCGCAAGAAGCCGUGCUUCGAGGUCACGAGAGGUCGGCGGUCAGUUGUCUGUUGUCCUCCAAAGCCCGUGGGUUUUGCAGCGGAAAGACCGAGGAGACACCGGAAAGGUCCCCUGUGGCGGACGGGAAUGAAGCCAGUCCGGUACCGGAACACGGUUUAUUCAAGUUCAAAGAGCUGUAUGAGAACCCGUGGACAAUCCCCAACUUUUUGUGUGUGUGUCGGAUUGUGCUGGCUCCGUUUCUGGGACAUCUGAUCAUCCAGCAGCACUUUAACCUCAGUCUCGCUCUGUUCGCACUGGCCGGAGCUACUGACCUGUUGGAUGGUUACAUUGCGAGAACGUGGCCCUCUCAAAAGUCGGCCCUGGGCAGCGCUCUCGACCCAUUGGCUGAUAAGAUUCUCAUCAGUAUUUUAUAUGUCAGUCUUACCUAUGCUGAGCUUAUACCAGCUCCACUGACGGCUCUAGUGAUUUCUAGAGACAUCGGGUUGAUAGCUGCUGUGUUCUGGGUCAGAUACAAGACUGUGCCUCCACCGGUGACUCUUAGUAAGUUUUUUAACCCCUGCUACACCACAGCACAGCUCAAGCCAACACUCUUCAGCAAGUUGAACACAGCCAUCCAGCUCUUUCUGGUUGCAGCUUCUCUGGCUGCUCCAGUCUUCCACUAUACAGACAGUGUCCCGCUGCAGUGCUUAUGGUAUGUAACAGCGAUGACCACGGCAGCGUCGGGCUAUAGCUACUGGCACUACGGCCGCAAGACUGUCCGGGUGCUAAACAACAAAUCACAAUGACAACCACACCAGGAAGCACCAAAAGGGCAGAACAAAAGCAGCGAACAGCCGCCGUAGAGAUGCUGAACAGCCGUGGCAAAAGUGGACAGACAGAUGGAUGAUCGCCAGGAGCUUUGAAAUCAAGUAGCUGUGACAAACUAUUUAUGAGUUGCCAAGGCAAUGACACACGGAAACCAACCGAGGCCGCAGAUGGUUUACUGCAACACUACAGAAAGGCCUAACAGCAGCUCUGCCUCUGGACUGGCUGUGUGUCUAGAGACACAUGCACACAAAUAGAAACGGCAAACACAAAUAUAGACCAUCCUCCCGCUGACACAAACACAGAUAUAUACUCAAACAUAUACGUUAAGUGGUCUGAUAAGAGCUUGUAUUUUUUUCUUUAAAUCAACAGGUGGCAAAGUCAGCCCAGUCAAUGUCACACAAUUGUCAGUUUUGUAAAUCAAUGAUUUAUGAUUAAAAAAAAAAAAAAAA